AUAAUUUUCCCGACCAAAUUCAAAGAUUCGAUCUUUCUUUUUGGUGUGCUGACAAAUGACUCAUCAUUUUGUCACUAUAUAUAAUAUAACCCCUACUCUGUUUUGUUUUUGGCUCUGUUCCGUUACACACUCUGAGACUUAAGAGACUUUGUUUAACUUUUCUCACCAUCUUUUCUUCCUCCAUCACCUCCUCAAUCCAAAGGAAGAUGGAUUUGAUAACUAAUGUGAGCGAGUAUGAAGCAAUUGCCAAGCAAAAAUUGCCAAAGAUGGUUUAUGAUUACUAUGCAUCAGGAGCAGAAGAUCAAUGGACUUUGAAAGAGAAUCGAAAUGCAUUCUCGAGGAUUCUGUUCAGGCCGCGAAUUCUUAGGGAUGUAAGCAAGAUAGACUUGACAACAAAUGUAUUAGGCUUUAAUAUAUCAAUGCCUAUCAUGAUUGCUCCUACCGCCAUGCAAAAGAUGGCUCACCCUGAAGGAGAAAAUGCUACUGCUAGGGCAGCAUCAAAAGCUGGCACAAUCAUGACACUAUCCUCAUGGGGUACUUCCAGUGUUGAAGAGGUUGCUUCAACAGGACCUGGCAUUCGCUUUUUCCAACUCUAUGUGAUUAAAGACAGAAAUGUGGUUACUCAGCUUGUGAGAAGAGCUGAAUCUUCCGGUUUCAAGGCAAUUGCACUUACCGUGGACACUCCAAUUCUUGGUCGCAGGGAAGCUGAUAUUAAAAACAGAUUUACAAUGCCAUCACACCUUGUAUUGAAAAAUUACGAAGGAUUGGAACUUGGGAAACUGGAUAAGACUGAUGAUUCUGGUCUCGCCUCUUAUGUUGCUAGCCAAAUUGACAGGUCACUCAACUGGAAGGAUGUAAAAUGGCUUCAAACAAUCACCUCAUUGCCAAUUUUAGUGAAGGGAGUACUUACUGCUGAAGAUACUAAGUUAGCUAUACAAGCUGGUGCUGCUGGAAUCAUUGUUUCCAAUCACGGGGCUCGCCAACUUGACUAUGUCCCUGCAACUAUCGUGGCUUUAGAAGAGAUUGUGAAAGCUGCGGAAGGAAAAAUUCCUGUUUAUCUGGAUGGCGGAGUCCGUCGAGGGACAGAUGUUUUUAAAGCACUGGCUCUCGGAGCAGCUGGUGUAUUUAUUGGAAGACCUGUGGUGUUCUCAUUGGCUGCCGAUGGCGAAGCUGGUGUAAGGAAAGUACUUGAGAUACUUCGUGAGGAGUUUGAACUAACUAUGGCACUAUGUGGUUGCCGUUCGCUCAAGGAGAUAACUCGUGACCAUGUUGUGACAGAGUGGGAUCGACCAAGAAUUGCUCCCAGGUUAUGAGAUUGUUCUUCUAUAUGGCUAGAGCCAGAUGAGAAUAAGUUAUACUUCAUGAACCACAUAAUAAUAGGAAUUUUAUAGUAACCUUUGUUCUUAUCUCAAUGCUUCAAUAGAAAACUUUGUUUUGCAUAAUAAGCGAUAUGUGGUUCAUAUGAAGCUGUUACUUUUUUAUUCAUUAUAAACUUCUUUUUGAAAUGCAUAUAUGAGAUUUGGUUCCA